AUGCGAUUUUCUGCCAACAUAGAAGUUGAAUCUCGCUCAUUUAAGACAAAAAUGCCACUUGAUCUGGAUGCGUGUAUAGAACAACUCUUGCAGAAGCAACUCCUCGCCGAAUCUUUAAUUAAAGAAAUAUGUGAGAAGACGAAAGAACUACUAAUGCGAGAAAGCAAUGUUGUACAUAUUUUGGCUCCUGUCACGGUCGUUGGUGAUAUACAUGG